UGGUCGCUUACAAUCGCCGAAUGAAUCGGUGGAAAGGUUUCCGCCGGAGUUGAAAUUCAAAAUUAUUAUCUUUUCAAUAGAAACCGUGAAAUGGAAACCUCGAUAAUUGCGACGUCGAACGUGACCAGUUUUCCAGAAUGUGUGCUGGAAUUGGUAUGCAGACAAUUUUUCGUGUAACUAUAAUCUCUAUUUUCUUUACGAACUCUUCAGGUAUUGAAUUCAUUGAACGCCAAGGCAACAGCGAUCGCAAUACGAUUUCACGCGCAGAAACGUAAGGUUCAAGUGGUGGACAAUGGUGCAGGAAUCUCGAGAGACAAAUUAACAGCUGUCGCAGAGUAUAAUGAUCGCACGAUUGGUUGGAGCGUUGAGGACAUUUGCAACACCCGCAAGCAAACGCUUGCAAAUAUUCGUAGGUUGUCUGAUGUUAUGAUGAUCAGUUCUAGACAUCGCAAUUCAUCUCAAACAUACAUGAAGGUGUUCAAAAUGUGUCAGUCACCCAACAUUGUCAAUAUUCAGAGGAGACCAUCCUGUGGAACUACAGUAAGCAUCUAUGGGCUUCAUGAGUUAACAUUUUACAAGUGGAACAUACCCUUGAUGUACUUCAUCAUUGGAAACAUUGCCAUAGUGAAUUAUCACGUGUCAUUUUCCAUCAGAGAUGACCAGGAAUCAAAAGUUAUCAUGGCAGUCGGUAGACCUCAUGAAUCUAUAGAAAUUUUCAAACUGCUGUAUUAUAAGGAAAUAUCAUUUGAUAAUCUGUGGCAUAUCAGCAACACCAACGAAUCUCGUAUAAAGUUCAGUGCAUUCAUUGGACUAAGUAACACAAAAUCAAAUGCUCUGCAGUAUAUCUUCCUGAACAAUAGACCUGUUCAUUGUCCAUACAUUCUUCAAAUGAUCUCAGCUGCCCUUAAUGGCAGAGUAAGAUCUCUCGUUGGAUCAAGAAUCCAUGAAAUACCAAAAAUGAAGUCUACUUUUAUUUUGUUGUUUAUCUCGUGCACAGACUAUAUUUUUACCAUGGAGAACAGAAAGAGAACUUUGAUCUUACCUUCUAUCCAGGAUUUACUAUUUGGUAUUCGAAAUGAAAUAUACAAUAUAUUUUUUAACAAUACUAUACAUUUUUCUAAAAGUCUUUCGAAGAAUGUUAGAAGGCAUACAAAUUUGAUAUACAAUUGUUUAAACAGUACAAAUGGUAUUGUAUUCUUUGAAAAACCGCGGACUUCCAGUAAACUGUUCUCCGAAAAGAAUCGCGUACUACACACAGUCUGUUACGUUGUUCAAAAAGAAACUACAAAGCUUAUAGUUCCACCUCCUUGUGGAACUACAAUUGGAAGUCACAGUUCAAGACCAUUGUAUUAUUCUGAUGCAAUGAAUACUGAUAAAGACAAUAGAAAUGCUAUACCAUCAUAUGAAACGAGUCAAAUACCAAAGAGUAAAGUAUCUGAUAUUCAAAAGUUCACUCCUGCCUCUAUUGCACUUACGUUUUCUGACUGGUCCAAUUGGACCUAUAUUGACAAUAAAUCGAACAAAUUAAAUGAAACUAAGAAAUUCGGAGGCUCUGUACAAUAUUAUAAACACUUCGAUUUCUUGCCGAACAAAUUGCACAAACUUUUACGAGGCAAUAAGAAAUUGACAAGAACCGAUGUAAUGAACGAAUGGAGUGAAAGCGAAUUGUCGAUCAGAUUGAAAUCUAGUUUAAACAUGCCAGAUGUUUUGUUACACCAAGAAGUUGAUAUACGUCCGUGCAAAGAUACUCAACGAUUCCGCGAAUUCAAAUUAAGAAAAGAUCUCUUAAAAUUUGUGACGAUAUUGGGCCAGGUGAAUAACGAAUUAAUAGUAGCAUUAGCAAUUCAAAAUGAUACAAAGAUGCUAUUGAUGAUUGACCAACAUGCAAUUCACGAGAGAAUACGAUACGAAACUUUACUUCGCAUAUACAGGUCACAAACCAAGAACGAACUACUCUCCGCAAAACUCAAAGAUCCCGUUGUUGUACAGUUACAUGCAGAAGAGUGCGAUUUACUUGUAAAGAAUAGAAAGCAAUUAAAAAGAUACGGAAUCAAUUUUAAUGUCGCAAAUGAUAACACAAUAGUGGUGCGCACAGUGCCAGAAUGUCUAAAAAGAAAUAAAUACCACCGUGACGAGAUCAAGCUAAAGAUGAGUGUACAAAAUCUUUUAGACGAAAUGCUGCAGAACUUUCUGAACAAUGGGCACCAGGAAUUUAUCGAUCUGCCGGUCGCUAUUCACAAUGCAAUCGCAGCAGAAGCUUGCCACGGUGUGUGUAAUAUUCGAAAUAAAGUACACAGCGUUUAAAAUGGAAA